UUUCAGCAGUUUUGCUGUGCAAUGCUGAGGCAGGUGCUCGAAGUAUAAAACUGAACGAAAUUAAUGAAAGCGUCCAGAGCUGCUUUUGUUUCCAGUGCAGCUGCAGCAAAGACGAGAGGAGACAAGUCUAGAGAAGAGUUUGCUGGUUGGUUGGAUGCUAGAUUUUUUCCUGCACGCUUGCAGUGUGUUCCGGUGCUUGAGAAAAUCCACUCUCAUUCCACAACUGCUGGCUUCUCGUUGUUCUCCAGUGGUUGGAAAUCCGUAACAAAGCGAACCACUAUCAGAGGUGAACUAACGAGAUAAAAAGAAGCGCAUCGUAAAGUGAAAAUAACAAAAUCUAAUAUAAGAAAAGUCACGUGAAAGGAAAAUAGUCGCUGAGAGAGUUGGCGGAAAUGUUUACGACCACUGUGCUGGGGCUCGGGCUGUUACUACUCCUCCAGGUUGGACUCAUCAGCUGUGAGGAACCGAGGCGAGAUGCUGAAUACCCUCCACCGGAGUUUUUGGUGAAGAUGAAGCCCAUGCAUGAUGAAUGUGUUGCAGAAACAGGUGCCUCCGAAGAUGCCAUCAAGCGCUUCAGCGAUCAGGAGAUCCACGAGGACGAUAAUCUGAAAUGCUACAUGAACUGCUUGUUCCAUAAGGCCGGCGUGGUGAAUGACAAGGGCGAGUUCCACUACGUAAAAAUCCAGGACUUUUUGCCCGAAUCAAUGCAUCUCAUUACGCUGAACUGGUUCAAGCGAUGCCUGUACCCACAGGGCGAGAAUCUGUGCGAGAAGGCAUUCUGGCUGAACAAGUGCUGGAAAGAGCGAGACCCGGUGCACUACUUUUUGCCCUGAAUACAUUCAGCGAUUGUAGCUGUCAAGAAGAGUAAAUUGAAUUUCGUAUUGUUUUUGUUUACCAAAAA